AGAAAUAGAGUGAGAGAGAUGGAGAGGGGGGCUUCUCUCUUCUCUGUAACUUCGAAGCCAAUGGGAAACCAGGCCAUGGUCUAUCUUCUUCUAGGGCUUGCUAUUCUAGCAGUAGCAGAUUGCAAUUUAGAAGUUGAUAUACUCCACAGUCAAAGAUUGGCUUGGGAUGACCCAAAUAAUGUUCUUCAGAGCUGGGAUCCUACUUUGGUUAAUCCAUGCACAUGGUUCCAUGUAACUUGCAACAACGACAACUCGGUCAUAAGGGUGGAUCUGGGGGAGGCAGGGCUGGCUGGGCCUCUUAUUCCACAGCUGGGAAUGUUGGCAAACCUUCAAUACCUGGAGCUCCAUGGAAACAGAAUAAAUGGAUCAAUACCAAAGGCGUUGGGAAAACUGAGGAGCCUAGUGAGCUUGGAUCUCCAACAGAAUUUACUAUCUGGUCCCAUACCAUCUUCUCUUGGCAACAUUAAGUCGCUGAGAUUUGUGAGAUUGAAUCGAAACAGGCUUACAGGUGAGAUACCAAUUGAGAUGCUUAAUCUUAUCCGGACUGGCAACUUGAGCGUCAUGAAUGUUUCUGAUAACUAUUUGGAUGGCACACUUAGAAGAUCCGAGCAGACAGGAUUUACAAUUACCACGAUCAUGCAAGACCAGAAGGCAUCCAAGUGACUCAACGGCAGCUCCACUGAUUGCAGCAGAACGACAAAAUUUUCUUAUAUGUUAGCAUUCAUGGAUGAUGAAACUGUACUACUAGCUGAAGGGAAAGCAUAUGCAAUCCCUUGCUCGUUGGCCACCAUUAUAUCUGGACGUUCUGUUCUCCCUCUAAGAGUGCUCUCAACUCCUACUUGUCUUCUGUUAAAUGUUCUCUCUUUUAAAUGAUAGU